AUGGGUAGCCACGGGCGCCUACUUUUGAAGUCUACCACCGACAGGGUCGGAGCGGGCAUCAAGGAAUGGGGCCAGGAGGCCGUCGUCCGGCUGCCGGUCGAGGCCGGCGCCGAUAGGGAGGUUCUGGACUACACCUUGUCGACGCCGCUGUGCCGGGCCGCCGACAAUGGACACUAUCCCGCCGUCCGGCUGCUGGUGAUGGCCGGCGCCAACAAGGAGGCCUCGACCAUCGGGGGGAAGACGCCGCUGUUCCUCACCACGGCCAAGGACCACUGGCGUAUCUCGAGCAUGCUGAUCGAGGCUGGGCUGAUAGGGAAGAGGAGUUGGGCUUCUUGGGAAUGUCGCUGCCCAUAG